AUUUCCUUUACUUUCUAUCCUUUUCUCUCGGUCUCCGGCCAUGGCUGUGGUUCUUGGGAAUUUAGCUUUGUUACUGGACGUGACGUCGGCGAGGACCGUUUCAACAGCGGACCGGAAACUUUGUCCGUUGGCCAUCGACGUCGUUUUGAACUUACAGAAGAGAGAUCCUACUUUCUCCCACGUUUCUCUUUCCAACAAGAACCAACUCGACUACUGGGAUGGGGAGAAUCGGGCUCACCGAGCGGUGGCUCGGGGAAAAUCGAAGGCGGUGGAUUUCGACGCGGAGUCUAGCGACGACGAUGGAAACGGCAACGGCAACGGAUUUGAGGAGGAGGAAGAGUACGAUUGGGAGAAUGAAAUGAGGAAGAGAGUUAAAGAAAUUGAGGAGAUGAGAGAGCUGGAGAAGAAAGCCGAGGAGUUGCAGAGCAAAGCGGAAGCAGAUGAGAGUGAAUGUGAAGAUAGAGAAGAAACGGAGGAGCAGAAAAAGCUGAGAGUGAGAAAAGAGCUCGAAAAGGUGGUUCAGGAACAAGGAGAGAGGAGAGCGACGGCGCAAUUGAUGUUUGAAUUAGGCCAAAAGGCUUACGGAAGAGGCAUGUACGGACGCGCCAUUGAGUUUCUUGAAGCUGCUCUCACCAUCAUUCCCAGGUCGACAUUAUUUGGCGGUGAGAUUCAAAUAUGGUUGGCAAUGGCGUACGAGGCGAAUAACCGCCAUGCGGACUGCAUUGCUCUGUACCAGCAAUUAGAGAAGAAUCAUCCCAGUGUGAGCAUUCGACGGCAAGCUUCCGAGCUCCGAUACAUUUUGCAAGCACCCAAACUGAAGAUAACCCAGGAAGAGAUGGUUACUAUACCGCUGAUUGGUUCCAGUUACGACAGCUAUGCAGCAACAUGGACCGAUAAGAACAAGGACCGGGAUCAAAAGACAAUAGGAUCGACGACGAAUCAGCUUCCCUGGUCCAGAGACUUUCUGAGUGAUUUUCUGGUGUGGCGACCUCCUGUUGGACUGGAAAAGAACAGGGCAUUUUGGGUCGCUUUGACCGUGUGGUUCGGCUUGGUGGGAGCAGCGGUUUUUCUACAGAAAUGAGUCGUCAUACAGAAACAAGACGACACCAUGAUUGUUAUUGCUGGAUCAUGAUAGAUAUGCUCAUUUAAUUAUUUAUCGUGACUUGUUAAUGUGGUAUUAAUGAUGUAUUUAUGAAGCAGAAAAAGGAUGCCUUCUUUGAUGUAUGUGAUGGAUUUUGAAUUGGGUAAUGGCUAUUUCUUUGUACAAACAAUUCCUUACCGAGCUGAAGAAUAUCAUCAACCA